CAAUAAUACGUCAUUCCUCCACCCUCAUCUAAAAUAUUUCCUAGCUAUUUCCCCGUUCGCACAUUACUCUUCCUCCUUUUCAGUAUAACGACUACAGGUACAGAGAGAGCAAGCUCCUGCGGCCAUGGCUUCCACACAGUGCUUCUACUUGCACCACCACGCCCUCUCAACACCAGCUAGGUCAUCAUCAUUACUGUAUCGCCACUGUCCGAUCCUCAGGCCUCACCAACUCGUCUGCCGGGCGCAGAAGCAGUCCGCCGCGACUCACGAAGACCUCGGCGAAGCACUCGCCGUCUCUCGCAGAUUGGCUCUUAUCUCCCUUUUCGGAGCUGCCGCUGUUGUCUCCAAGGUUUCCCCCGCUGCCGCUGCCUAUGGAGAAGCGGCCAAUGUUUUUGGGAAGCCAAAAACAAACACAGAGUUCUUGCCUGUAUCAGGUGAUGGUUUCAAGCUCCAGGUUCCAUCUAAGUGGAAUCCAAGCAAGGAAAUUGAGUAUCCUGGCCAGGUUCUCAGAUACGAAGACAACUUCGAUGCCAACAGCAAUGUGUGUGUAUUGAUCACUCCAACGGAUAAGCAGUCGAUCACUGACUAUGGCUCCCCUGAAGAAUUCCUAUCUCAAGUGGACUACUUGCUGGGCAAACAAGCCUACUCUGGAAAAACUCAGUCUGAGGGGGGAUUUGAUCCUAAUGCUGUGGCCACUGCAAACAUAUUGGAGACAUCAACUCCAGUGGUGGAAGGGAAGCAAUACUACUUUAUCUCUGUCCUGACGAGAACGGCCGAUGGGGAUGAAGGCGGGAAGCAUCAAUUGAUCACUGCCAGUGUUUCUGAUGGGAAGCUUUACAUCUGCAAGGCACAAGCAGGUGACAAGAGAUGGUUCAAGGGAGUGAAGAAGUUUGUAGAGAACACUGCCAACUCUUUCAGCGUGGCGUAAGGUUGCUCGGGCUGUGUAUGUAGUAGCUAGUAGUGUUGGUUAUUUUGCAUUAAAACCUCUCACUGCAUUAAAACUUCCCCAUAAAGUAUAUUACAUCUCAUAAUGUGGAGAAUUGCAUAAUCGAUUAAACCUCUCACUUCAGUACUAUUGCAUUAAUGCAUUCUAUUUUAACUUUUUAAGUUUUUUACCAAGUUUUUACCACCACUAAACAGGCUGUAGAAGUUUAUAUUACCAUCAAAGAUAUGACCCCUGAUUGAUCAAACAAGAAGCUGCAAGUAGGAGUUCGCUUUUAUUGCUCGUAAAUGGACAGAAAUGGAAAUACAUAAAUUUAGCAAAAACACUAAUAUGAUUUAUGUGAGUGAUAUUUACGGAAACAGAAAACCAUUGCAAAGGAAAGAGUUAACUACAAUUCUACAAAGAUAAAUAAUGAAAUUAAAAUGCAUGAAAGAAGAAUAAAAGAAGAAAAGUAAGAAAGAAAAUGCGAACUUGGGUACAAAACUGCAAAUCAAUCUUGAGCAUCCCUAUAUACCAAAAUGUUUGGUGUACACAUUUUGGUGUACACUUUUCAUACAUUCAUCAGUCUCAUGCACACAUAAUUGUCUGUCCACACAGUAACACGCCGUCUCCGACCACAGACAACUCUACGGAAUUGUCUGUGGACAAACAAUUUUGUGUGCGUAAGACAACUCUAUGUCUCUACCAAUGGUGUACACCUAGCACAGCUCCCCUAUAUAUGCCUAGUCGAUGCCUAAG